AGCCACUCAUAAUGUCAAGAAACACAACCAUAAGAAAAGAACACAAAUAUUAAAGAGAAAUAAUCUAACAAGUGAGUACAAAAGUAAGUGAACAAAUCUAAAAAAAUAGUGAUAAGGCUUAGAUUUAAGAGGAGAAAUUGGGACCGAAAUAAACCAGGCUAGAGUUUGGAUUCGCUGGAGAGAUCACAAUCCCCAGGUCGCCGUUUCCGAUGGCUGGACGCUCGUCGAAGAAGGAGCAGCUGAGGUGCCGCUGCUGUGCCCCGUCGUCGCCUCCGUCUACCGCUUCUUCCCAGAGCCGUCGUCGAUCGAAGAUUACCGAGCAGACCUCCUCCGUCCAGUACCAGCAACUUGUGGUCUCAAACGCUGCCUUACAAGCUCAAGUGGAAUACCUAGCCAAAGAAGUGGCUAAGCUCACAAAGCAAAAGAUGUCCAUGCUGCGAGAUAGUGAAGAUGAAGAGGAAGCUAGCUCUAGUGCCACUAUGAGAGCUAGGGCUCAUGAAAAAUCCCAUUCUGACUUCAAAUUUGAUAUUCCAAUCUUUGAAGGAAAGAAUGAUCUGGAUGAAUUUCUUGAGUGGUUAAAGACGGUGGAACGAGUCUUUGAUUUCAAAGAAGUCUCCGACGAAAAGAAGGUCAAGAUUGUGGCCUUAAAAUUUCGCAAGUACGCCUCCACUUGGUGGACGAACACCUGCACCAAACGGAUUCGAAGUGAGAAGCCUCCCGUUAGCUCAUGGCAAAAGAUGAGGAGCCUCUUGAAGAAGAAGUUCCUACCCACCGAAUACUCCCGAGAGAAUUUUGCUAAGCUUCAAACGCUUAGGCAAGGUACGAAGUCUGUGGAAGACUACACCCGGGAGUUUGAGGAACUCCUACUAAGGUGUGACUUGCAAGAGAACGAAGAGCAAACCUUUGUAAGGUACCUUUUUGGCCUAAAUCUCCAAAUAGCCAAUACGGUGGAGCUGCAAGGCUACACUACAUUUGAAGAACUUACUAAGUUGGCUCUCAAGGUUGAGUCUUAAAUGAAGAAAUCCAAAGCCAUUUUAUCAAGGAACUCCACACCUUUCUCACGCCCCACUUACACCCCCACCAAACCCCCUCCUACUGCCCACGGCCAAACACCCAAACCCCAAACUCCUUUCAAACCAAACCCCACUCAUCUCCCACCUAAAACAGCCCCUUCAACCAACAAAAGAGCCCCCGUGUG